UCAUAGAUGAAGGCCAUAGAAUGAGAGUGUUUGAGAACAAAGUGCUUAGGUAAAUAUUUGGACCUAAGCAGAAAGAAGUGACGUGGAUGACAGUUAAAACUGCAUGCAGGAGAGUACCAUAAUUUAUACUCAUUAGUAUUAGGAUGAUGAAAUCAAGUAGGUUGAGAGAAAUGUAUACAAAAUUUCUGUCAAACAGACAAAGGGAAAGCGACCACUCAGAAGACUCUGAUAUAGAUGAGAUGAUGAUAAUAUGACGGAUCUUAGGGAAAUAGAUUUGGAGGAUAUGGAUUGGAAAAAUGCAGCUCAGAAUUCGGACCGGUUGUGGAGUGUUGUGAACAAAACAACAGCAUUUCUGAUUCUAUAAAAUGGAUUUCUUGAUUAGAAAAAGUACUGUUAAAUUUUAAGACAGACUCUCCACAGUGUAUUUUGUUUGUCCGUUCUAGAGUUAAUUAAUAGCAAAUCAGAAGGAAAGAGACCACUUGGAAGACCAAGAGGCAGGCCGGAGGGUAAUAUUAAAAUGGAUCUUAGUGAAAUAGAUUCAGAUGGCUCAGGAAAGGGACCAGUGACGGGCUGUUGUGAACAUGCUGAUGAACCUUCUUUAGUGGGUGAGCGACUGUUAGCUUCUCAGGAAGGACUCGGCUGCAUGAAGUAAGGAAAUAUAUUUGCUAGCUAGUAUACCACUACUCUGUUAUGACCUACUACAUGAAACCACCAAGAGGCAACAUUGCUUUACAUAUAUUAAAUAAAUGUGUAAGACAAAGAUUUGAGUAUCUGUUAUCACUUGAAAGUGGUGAAAUAAGCAUACCCACAAACUUUGAAUACCUAAAUGAUGGAACAUCAAUGGACAGAGCUGGACAUUUCAUACUAAGGUUGCUCUCUGUUUCAUUUCCUGAUUUCAAGACAUUUGUGCUGAAAGCAGAAACCAACUUAUUUGUUCAUCGUCUGAGUACACUGGAUCAUAAUCAAGUUACAAGAAUGCUGAAGAUAUUAUACAGGCAUGUGAAGGAGAUUAUACAGCUAUCACCGAACAUAUCAGUGGAAUUUAGUGAAUUUCUUUCAGCAGUGAAACACAUGUGUACAGUUAUGAUAAAAAAGGAAACAGCUAUCCAUGCAUUCAAGGAAACUCACCCAGAAACCUGUUCAUAUUACAACAUACUUGUACCAUUUACGACGUGCCUGCCUUUAAUUAAAAAGCGUGAAGUAGAAUUGAAAUCCGGGAAAUGUAUUGUUCCUUGUGGGAAAUGGAAGCAACUACUUGCCAUCCAAUUUCAUUUGCAUCUGGAAUUUGGUAUGAAACAUCUACAAACUACAGGGUGUCUACAUCAGGCAUUGAAUGAUUCUCGAAUACAUCAACUUGCACAAGAUUUAGGAAGAAGAUUCAGCAGUAACACUGUCGAAAUGAGUGGAGGCAGAAUGAUGACAGCUAAAGAUGUGGAUUCACAACAUAUUUACUUUCCACCCUGCAUGGCGCAUCUUUAUCGUAAACUCCGAUCAAGACAUCGCCUCACUCAUGAGGCUCGCAGACAGCUUACUCUCUUUCUCAAAGGUGUUGGUAUGCCUGUUGAAGAAGCUCUUAACUUUUGGCGCACCGAAUACUCUCAGCCUAUUUCAAAAUGUGGCUCAGGGUGCACACAUUCCUGGCAGAAGGAUGCUCGCCGUUAUGGCUACAGCAUUAGGCAUAUGUAUGGGCUAGAAGGAGGCAGAUACACAUAUGUGGUGUCAAGCUGCAGAGUUAUUCAGAGAUCUGCUUUAAGUCCAUUGGCCGAAGGUGGAUGCCCCUUCCAGCACUUUGAUUACACAAGGAUGAUAACCACCUUCCCUUCUCAGCUUCUGAAUGACAAGUCUACUAUGAAUGAAAUGCUGUAUCUGAAAGAAAGUGGCAAAUCACAUGAAGCAUGCCACAUGUACCAUACAUUUCAAAGGAAAUUGAUACAAACCACAAGGACUUCAGGCAUGUCUAAGAGUUUAGUUACUUCCGACCAUGUCUCUUGUGGCAAAAGCAAUUCUUCAAUCAGUUUUGUAAAUCCUGUACAGUAUUAUCUGAACCUAAUACCACAUCAAGGCAUGGAUGGUACAAAUGAGAAGGAUUAAUUUGCUAACCUGGAUGGGUUACCAUCCUCUCACACAGCCCCCAACCUGAAGGAACAGGAUUUUUCUUCAGGGUUAUCCAUAAAAUAGGUGAGUUUCUUUCACCAUAGCAUAAAAGCCUCAUCUGCUAUUAUCUUGUAACAAAAUUAAUACAAAAUUUGUGAAAUAAAGUAGGCAACUUAUACCACUUUUAA